CUGAAAUUUUUGCUUAUUAAUUCAAUUCAAGAUAUCACGUUCUCUGUUUUUCGGUAUUCAGGCAAGCGAACUGAAAAAAUAUCUUUUUGUUGAAGGAUCGCAUUCUGUUUUCUGGGUGUUUAAAAGAUGAUGAUCAGAGUAAGAAGCAGGGAUGGAUUGGAGAGAGUAAAAGUAGACAACCCAAAUGCGACCGUAGGGGAAUUGAAGUCUCUCAUACAAACCCAACUGAAUGUUCCUAUCCAUAACCAAACCCUAUCAAAAAACCAGAACCUAUUGCUGGCCAAGGGCAAUGAUAUACAGAAAUUUAAUGAUAUGGCUGAUCCAAGCAGCCCACUUGCUGUAUUGGGUAUUGGCCACGGUCAGAUGGUUUACCUUGCUUAUGAGGGACAGCGAUCCGUCGCUGGCCCCCAGAUAAAAAUAAGUCCUGCGGGGAGCUUCGGUAAAAAGAUGACCAUGGAUGAUCUGAUUGCGAAACAGAUGAGAAUUGAGCGACAAGAGAAACCCCAUUGCCAGGCUGUAUCGUUUGACAGAGAUGCCGCCAAUGCAUUUCAGCAGUAUGUGAAUGAGAAUUUGGCUUUUGCUAUUAAAAGAGGGGGGUUUAUGUAUGGGAGCGUUAAUGAAGAAGGUGGGGUUAAUGUUGAUUUUAUCUACGAGCCCCCUCAGCAGGGGACUGAGGACAAUUUGUUUCUGUUGAGGGAUCCUGAGGAGGAGAAGCAAGUUGAGGCGAUUGCUAUUGGGUUAGGGUUGAGAAGAGUAGGGUUUAUUUUUACUCAGACUAUCAGUCAGGGUAAGAAAGAUUAUACUCUUUCCAAUUCAGAGAUUCGUCAGGCUGUGGAGGUGCAUGCUGAGAGUGGGCUGAAGGAGUGGGUGACAGCGCUGGUGAAACUAGAGGUGAAUGAGGAUGGUGGUGCUGAUGUCCACUUUGAGGCAUUCCAGUUGAGUGAUCAGUGUGUUAAACUUUUUAAGGACGGAUGGUUUGCAGAGAAUUGUGGGGAUUUGGAUCCUAAGAUUACACGAAUGACGAAGGAUGUGGUGAUUUUGGGGAAGGAUACCAGGGAUGUUGACAAUGAUUUCUUUCUGGUGCUGGUGAAGAUUCUCGAUCAUCAGGGUCCCCUGUCAUCACAAUUUCCCAUUGAGAACAGAACGUCUCCUGUUAAUCUUAGGGCAUUGAAGAAUCAUCUUGAUAAGACAAAGAAUCUUCUUUAUGUUAAGCGUCUAUCAAAUUUUCACUUAUUGCUUCUGCUAGCAAAAUAUCUUGAUAUAAAUGCAGAUGUUCCUCAGUUAGCAGCAUGUGUUCAGGCACAGGCCCCAAUACCUGAAGGAUAUCAAAUCUUAAUUGACUCUCUAGCAAGUAAUAGUAGAGAUUGAAGCUUGUAUGGAUAAACAAGUGGGUGCUUGUUAACCUCUCGUUUAAGUUAAUUUCAAGAAUUUGAGUUAUUUA